UGUGAUUCUGCAUGUAUCAGCGUUCCGGUGUGGGCUUUCCCCAGCGAUCAUUAGAUACAGCUCCUAUAUUUACACCUCCUAUGACGCAUCCAACACCACGACAUCCACAGCCUGGCUAUGGAAUGCCAAGCAAUUCCUCUACUAGGCUUGAUGAAGCCAUGGCUGCAGAAAUGGAAAAUUUAAGUUUGUCAAACAUAGGGUCUAUGCGCGAUGUUCUGGAUCUCUUAGCUGACAUGCUUCAAGCUGUCAAUCCAAGUGAUCACUCGGCUGUAAAAGAUGAAGUGAUACUUGAUCUUGUUGAGCAAUGUCGUUCCAACCAGAAGAAAUUGAUGCAGAUGUUGACUACUACAGGGGAUGAAGAACUUCUAGCUCAGGGCCUGGAGUUAAAUGAUAACCUCCAAAAUGUGCUAGCAAAACAUGAUGCUAUAGCAUCUGGUUUACCUCUGCCAGUUGAAUUGACAAAUCACAACCUCCAAUUGAAUGACAAACAUCAUUCUAGCAUCAAACAAGAUAAUGCUGUAAAAGGGAGUGAAACAACUAAUGGUAACCCUUCACCAGUUCCCAGGAUUCAGAUUGAUGAAGAUGAUGAAGAGGAAGAUGACUUCGCACAGCUGGCACGAAGGCACUCAAAAAUAAACAUAUCUGCUACUCCGGCUUCAACCAUGCGAGGCAGUGAUGGUGGCACUCUAAGUAACAGCGAUAUGAGAGCUCAGGAAGCAUCUUCCACCCUGGGCAUGAGCGAUGCUUUAGUUCUUGCUGAUCCACCAGCACCAGCUAGAACUACAAAAGAGCAAGAUGUGAUAGACCUCUUGAGCAUUACGCUGUCAACUAGUAUGUCACCCCCCCCGCCUCAGGCAUCUACUUCCUUAAAGCAAAACCUACACGAGGGGACUGCACUGAGCUCCGGAGAUGACAACUCUUCUGUGUCUCGUGCUUAUAACCAAUCCCAGUCCGUCAAUAGUUACAUUACUCCUUGGGCUCAACCUCAAGCUCAGCCUCAACGACAGUUUGAACCGCAGCCGCAACAGCAACAAUUAGCACAGGAGUCUCAAAUGCCGCAGCCUAAGUAUCAUUCUCAAUUUUAUAGCCAACGUGAUCCUCAAUCACAGUUUAGGCCCCAAGCUCAACCAACGCUUGACCAAUACUCUACUGGCUACCCUCCACCACCAUGGGCCGCCACACCUGGUUACUUUAGCAACCCGAAUCCUUUGUCUAGAUCUCCUUAUGCAUAUUCAACAGUUCAAGCCACAUCAUCCAUCUCUUCACAAGGAACCAGAACUUCACAGCAUACGAGCAUGACACCUGUAAGUGGAAGCAAUGUGUCAGCUACAAAUGGAGAUGCACGGCUUGGUCCUGGGGGACACAAGCCCUUUAUUCCAUCAUAUAGACUGUUUGAAGAUCUUAAUGUUCUUGGAAACGCUGACGGGAGAUUUAAGAUGACAAGCAAUUCAACUCCUCUAUCUGGAACUAACGGCCAUGGCAUGGCCAGGGGAGGAAAAUGAAUACAGCUUGUUGAUUUAUGCCUAGUCACUACGUUAUGCCAUGUUUGCUGGAUUUGAGAAUGUCUAUAUAGUGUACAUUUUUCUCAUUUAUAUGCCCUUUUUGGAAGUCAUGUUUCAGAGUAGAUAUUUCUAACUUUAUGGCCAUAACGUUUGUAAUCAUAGUUUUGUGGAUAUUCACACUUCAGGUUCCACAGUAGAUA